AUAAAAUAUAAUUUGUUUACAAAAACAAAAAACCCCUUUCCUUCCUUUCUCUUCUCCUUCCUACCUACAGACUCACACACCCACAGGCCAGUCGGACGAAUGGCAGGACGUAAUUAACGUGGUUGUUUAGUGGAGUGUGAGGAGCGAGAAAAACAAGCUCACGUCAAGUGAGUGAAAUUUUUGAAUUUUGAUUUGAGGGUAGGGGAAAGGGGGCGGGAAAAUCUGCAAGUCAUUGUUUCUCUGCCUCUAUAAAACCCAAACAAACAUACAGGCAACAGCCGAGAAUCCUGAGUCCUCAUCGGGAACAAACAGCUCCCGUCCCUUCCAUUCCAUUUUCUUCUGAUUUCUCCUUCUCUUUCCCCUCCGCCUCCUUCUCCUCCUCCUCCUCCUCCUCCUCCUUCUUCUUCGUCUAUACUUUUGCAUCUCAGCAUCCAGCUCUCCGAUUCCAGGAUUUCCACAACUGAUGGCGGUAAGACUCUUUACACUUACCUUUAAUCAUCUAGGUUUUCCCUCUCCUUCCAUUGAAAUCUCCAAACCUUAUACUGAUUGAUUGUUUUCUGUUGAUCAAAUUUGAUCUCGUUUCUUUGUGUGUACCGUUCCUUGCUUCUUUCUGUAUGUAUGUAUGUUUUAGUGUAAACUUCAAACUAGAUCCAGACUCAUGGAUUCGAACGAGAUUUCGAUUCAUUUUCUAAUUAGAAUCUAACAAACUGUAGCUCGAUUUCUUUUUAAUUAAUUCUCUAGGAAAUUACCGCCUGCCUGCGUAUUCUAUGGUUAUGUUGUUUGUGUUCCUUUGUAUCUUCCUUCCUGAUUGGUGCGAUUGUGUUUCAUCAACCAACCGGGAUAACCGAAUUAGAAUUGUGGUUUCAUCAAUUGGAAUUGGCAGAUGGAUCUCAAGGCGGCACUAUAUAUUCUCUAGGUUUUUCGAGCUGCAGAGGCUCAAUCCUUUUACGGGAGACCAGAAACCAAGCCAAGAGCAGUUGGAUCUUGCAGAGGGCAUUAGGGAGGCUAUCAUGCUCAAGUACAAGGGCCUGCUGAGGUUCAAGAACAACCCCAACCUCCAUCUCAAAUUUGACCACAACAAAGCUACUGAUCUUGUUGACGUUCCAAUCACAAUGGACGAUAUUGGCGGCGCUCGAGAGGUUAGCAUUCAUGUUGCACGUGCUGUUCUCCAAGCAAGCGUGAUCCCGCCUGCCAUAUCUACUGAUGAAGAAUCUUAUGCGGUGGCUGAGAAGUUGGAACAACUGGGACUUGAAAUCCGUCGUGCCGAAACAUUUGCUAAUGACAAUGCAACGGACUGUAUUGCAUCUCUAAUGGAUCUGGAGGAAGAAAACAAAUUCUCGCCAACAAUGUAUGCCAAAGUUCAUAGAGUGGCAAAGAAUUUUCUGUUCCUCAAGAUUGCAGUGGAGAAGAAGAAAUGCUUGGAGUUAAGGAAGCAAGCUCUGCUCAAUGCAUCGAAGGCGUAUGGCGAGCCACAGUAAGUAAGUAAGAAAGAGAGAUAUGAUAUGAAUUCGGAAACUGAAACUGUCAGUAGAACUAUGUUACUUUGUUUUGUUUGUACUAGAUGAAUCGUUCGUUCAUAUCUCAUGAACAUGAACAUGAACAUGAAUAGGUUGGCUGUGUUUGUUUGUUUGUGUUGUUGCUAUGGUUGAAAUAGAUGGCUGUAAUGUUGUUAUAUAAUGAACGGAUGGUAGUGUUGUGAAUGUUGACAAUAUUGGGUUGUGGAGGCAAUGUUACUUGUUGCGUUGACAAUCAGAAAUCAGCUGGGUUCGGUGCUUCAGAGUUUGCAGUAGCAGCAGCUGCUGUAAAAGAGGACAAAAAUGCAGCAGCAGCAGCUGCUGGUGUUCCGUUUCGUGUAUAACAGAGAAGAUGAAACACACAUUGCAGCUUCAUUUGCAUCCUCCACUUCCUCCUCUCAACUUAUACUCUAUUAGAAACAGUUAGUUCAUCUUCCUCCAGGCAAAAGCAAGAUCAGAGUGGUGUAUUGGUUCAAAACGAAGAUAGUUGAAGAAAGGAGGAAGGGCUUUUCGAUCGAAUUGCGAUAUAUAAUGGUGUGGCUCUGUGCAUCUAGUGUUUAUCCAUGUGUAUAAGCAGUAUGUUACGUGGCUUACAAUUAUGAAGGGCGGGAUAUACGGGGAAUGGAUGAUGGAAGGUAAAGUGGGUUAGCAGAAAAGAAAUCGAGGAGUAUAUCGAGUGUGGUGAAUCCAGCCGAAUCCAGCCGAGCAAUCAGCUUCUUCUCCAAUGAAUCUGAGGUGGAAGAGGGGAGAAACUCCACCAGCCUCUAAAUUUCCUCUGAAACUCUACCAACAGCUGAAGUCGGCCAAUGCGCGGAGGUUACCCAUUGAAUUGGGGAUGGCAAAGGUUGCCAAUGGAAUUUGGAUAUUCUUUUGUUUUACGCAAUGGAAAGUUUGUGAGGAAGAAUUUUUUUUUUUUAAUUAAAAAUGACGUGUCAU